GAGGAAGGGGCGGAGCGGCUUUGUGGCUCAGCUGCGAGCAGUCAGCCGACCGCGCCGCCUGGGAUCCGGAGAGCCAACCAGGGCCCGCACCGGCCGGGGCCGGGCUGGUUCGUCGGGUCUAGGAAGCCCGGCAAUGCCCCGCCACCGAGGGCCUCCCGGCCAGGACCGCCCCAGGUGGGGCUGGGAGCAGAGACUGGACAGCUUCUUGCGGGUCCCCAGCCUAAGGCUCCUGAGUAUGGGCUUGGCACUGACCCUGGCCCUGUCUGACCCCCUGGUUUUCUGGGCUCCUGCUGGGGCUCAUCCUCUUCCCGCCCAAGGCCACCCCGCCAAGUUCAGUCGCGUAGCACCCCAGCUCCGGAAAGCCUUUGGCUGGUGGAACCUCAGCUGUCCCGUCUGCAAAGGCCUGUUCACUGCCCUCGACCUCGGGCUGAAGGAAGAGGUCAGUGUGGCCUGGGUGGGCUCCGUAGCCAUCAAGGUGUGCAAGCUGCUGAAAAUCGCGCCGCCCGCCGUGUGCCAGUCCGCCGUCCGGCUCUUUGAGGACGACGUGGUGGACGUGUGGACGCGCUCCGUGCUGCGCCCGUCUGAGGCCUGCGGGCUGCUCGUGGGCUCCUCCUGUGGGCACUGGGACAUCUUCGAAUCUUGGAACAUCUCCCUGCCGCCCGUGCCAAAGCCGCCCCCGCAGCCGCCCAGGCCCCCGGCCCCAGGCUCCCCCGUCAGCCGCGUCCUCUUCCUCACGGACCUGCACUGGGACCACGACUACCUGGAGGGCACAGACCCUAACUGCGAGAACCCGCUGUGUUGCCGCCAGGAUUCUGGUCCACCGCCUGCCUCCCGGCCCGGUGCCGGAUACUGGGGCGAGUACAGCAAGUGCGACCUGCCCCUGCGGACCCUGGAGAGCCUGUUGGGCGGGCUGGGCCCUGCCGGCCCUUUUGAAAUGGUGUACUGGACCGGCGACAUCCCUGCCCACAACGUCUGGCACCAGUCUCGCCAGGACCAGCUGCGCGCCCUGACCACGGUCACGGCCCUGGUGAAGAAGUUCCUGGGGCCGGUGCCUGUGUACCCGGCCGUCGGCAACCACGAGAGCACGCCUGUCAACAGCUUCCCGCCCCCCUUCAUAGAGGGCAACCAGUCUUCCCGCUGGCUCUACGAGGCCAUGGCCGAGGCCUGGGAGCCCUGGCUGCCUGCUGAAGCCCUUCGCACCCUCAGAAUCGGGGGGUUCUAUGCCCUUUCCCCACGCCCCGGCCUCCGCCUCAUCUCUCUCAAUAUGAAUUUUUGUUCCCGUGAGAACUUCUGGCUCUUGAUCAACGCCACCGAUCCCGCUGGACAGCUCCAGUGGCUGGUGGGGGAGCUCCAGGCUGCUGAGGACCGAGGAGACAAAGUGCAUAUCAUCGGCCACAUUCCCCCAGGGCACUGCCUGAAGAGCUGGAGCUGGAAUUAUUACCGAAUCGUGAACAGGUACGAGAACACCGUGGCGGCGCAGUUCUUCGGCCACACGCACGUGGAUGAGUUCGAGGUGUUCUACGACGAGGAGACCCUGAGCCGGCCGCUCUCUGUCGCCUUCCUGGCGCCCAGCGCCACCACCUACAUCAGCCUGAAUCCUGGUUACCGGGUCUACCAAAUAGACGGCAACUACUCGGGGAGCUCUCACGUGGUCCUGGACCACGAGACCUACAUCCUGAACCUGACGCAGGCGAAUAAGCCCGGGGCCACCCCGCACUGGCAGCUCCUCUACAGGGCGCUGGAAACCUAUGGGCUGCCCAACGCGCUGCCCGCCGCCUGGCACGACCUGGUGUAUCGCAUGCGGAGUGACACACGACUUUUCCAGACCUUCUGGUUUCUCUACCACAAGGGCCACCCACCCUCGGAGCCCUGUGGCACGCCCUGCCGCCUCGCCACACUGUGCGCCCAGCUCUCCGCCCGCUCAGACAACCCUGCCCUGUGUCGCCACCUCGUGCCAGAGGCAGGCCCCUCUGACGCCCAGAGCCUGCGGCCAAGGCCACCGUUCUGCUAGCGUCCUUCCCCAGAGCCGGGGAAGUGCAUGUCUGAGGAAGGAGUGAAAACUCCAGAGGGCCCCGCGGUGGGAAGAAGGCCUGGUGGAAGCGCCUGUCGCAGCGCAAGCACGCCUCGGAAACAGGACCUCCUUUCCCGGAGCUGGUUUAGCGAAACGUGGGACGGGGGCCGGCUGCUCUGAGGCCGCUGCCCCUUUCACAGCCACGCAGCAGAGGUCUAAGUUAUUAGCUGCCCCGGGCAGACCCAACAAGCUGUCACCCCAGGCCUGUGCUCGCCACCCAGGAGCCCUGUACUGUUGCUGCUGCCUGGUUGCCAGGCUGUUAAAAUAAAAAGAGACUUGGACUCCA